UAUUAUGCUAGGGCUUAUACCAGCCAUUAGUUCUGAUUACUGGGGAGCUUUUGAGGCGCAAAAUGGCCGUGAUGAUUGGAAUCGCUUUCAGGUGAUGGGUAUCCUGCACCAGAUUCUGAUGCAACAUGGCUCUAUACAGGCCCACAUGGGUCUAAAGGGUAUGGUAAUUACAACUCUCCAACAGCUCAAUUGCAAGCGCAGCUGACCGAAGAGCAACAAACAUCUGGCAGCCAUCCUGCAAAAGCAACUGGCCCCCAUGCCCCAGGCACCUCAGAAAAUGUAUCCAACUCAAAUGCCCCAGCAGGAAAAGCAACCGGCCGCCAUGACCCAACAGCAGACGCUACCGGCCAGUUAUCCUAAGCAGCCUCAAGAAGUGUUGUAUCCAGCUCAAAUGCCCCAGAAGCAACCAGUUACUGAACUUCAGCAUCAGAAGGAACAGGCCUCCAUACCCCAGCUACGUCAGCAAGUGUGGUAUCGAGUCCAAAUCCUCCGCAGCGGACGGAACUGACCACCAUGCCCCAGAAGCAACCGGCUCCAAUACCUAUACCGCAGAAACAACCAACAGCUAUGCCCCAGAAAGCAUGGUAUCCAGCUCAAAUGCAGCAGAAGCAACCGGCCACCAUGCACCAGCAAGUGUGGCAUCCAGCUCAAUUGCCCCAGCAGCAAAAGCAACCGGCUACUGAACCUCAGCAGCAGAAGGAACCGGCCUCCACAACCCAGCAACCUCGGCAAGUGUUGCAUCCAGCUCAAAUGCUGCUGAAGCAACUGACUGCCAUGCCCCAGCAAGUGUGGUAUCCAGCUAAGCACCAGAAGCAACUGGCCACUGAUCCUCAGGAGCAGAUUGAACUGACCGCCAUGCCCCAGCAACCUCAGCAAGUGUGGUAUCCAGCUCAAAUGCCCCAGAAGCAACCAACCGCUGAACCUCAGUGGCAUCCAGCCAAAUUUCCCCAGGAGCAACCCGUCCCUAUGCGUCAACUGCAGAAGGAACUGACCGCCAUUCCACCACAACUGUGGCAAUCCGCUCAAAUUCCCCAGCAGCAUAAGCAACCGACUGCCAAGCUUCAGCAAGUGUGGCAACUGGCCCCCAUUCCCCAGCAGCCUCAUGACGUGUGGUAUCCAGCUAAAAUGGUCCAGAAGCAACAAGCAGCUGCAACUCUGCGGCAGAAGGAACUGACCACCAUGCCUCAAGAGUGGCAUCCAGCUCAAUAUCCCCAGCAGCAGAAGCAACCAGCCCUAAUGCUUUUACCGCAGAAGGAACUGACCGCCAUACACCAGGAACCUCAGCAAGUGUGGUAUUCAGCUAAAAUGCCCCAGAACCAACCAACCACUGAACCCCAGCAGCAGAAGCAACCGACCGCCUUGGCCCAGCAAGUGUGGUCUCCAGCUCAAAUGCCUCGGCAGCAAAAGCAACCAGCUACUGAACCUCAGCAGCAGAAGGAACCGGCCACCAUGCCCCAGCAAGCAUGGUAUCCAGCUCAAAAGCCCCAGCUGCAGAAGCAACCGGCUGCUAAACCUCGGCGGCAGAAGGAACUGACCGCCAUGCCCCCGCAAGUAUGGCAUCCAGCUCAAAUGCCUCAGCAGCAAAAGCAACCAGCUACUGAACCUCGGCAGCAAAUUGAACCGACCGCCAUGCCCCAGCCACCUCAGCAAUUGUGGCAUCCAGAUCAAUUUCUCCAGGAGCAGAAGCAACCAUUCACUAUGCAUCUACCGCAGAAGGAACUGACCGCCAAUCCACCACAACUGUGGCAAUCCGCUCAAAUGCCCCAGCAGCAUAAGCAACCGGCUGCCAUGCUUCAGCAAGUGUGUCAUCGGGCACAGAAGCAACCGGCCCCUAUGCCCCAGCAGCCUCACGACGUGUGGUAUCCAGCUAAAAUGGCCCAGAAGCAAGUCGCUGCGGUGACCGCCAUGCCGCAUACGCAUCAGCAAGUAUGGCAUCCAGCUGAAUUUCCCCAGCAGCAGAAGCAACCGGCCUCCACGCCUCUACCGCAGAAGCAAAUGACCGACGUGCCUCAGCAAGAGUGGCAACCAGCUCAAAUACCGCAGAAGCAACCGGCUGCUGAACCGCAGCAGAACGAACCGGCCACCAUACCCCAGCAAGUGGGGUAUCCAGCUCAAAUGUCCCAGCAGCGGAAGCAACACACUGCCAUGCCACAGCACCAACUGACCCCCAUGCCUCAGCAAUUAUGGCAUGUAGCACAAAUGCCCCAGAAGCAACUGGCCCCAAUGUCUCAGCAGAAUCACUACGAAAGCACUGAAGAUGGUGCCUCUAGUAGCACUCAGGCCAGCAUCGUUGAACAGUCGGGUGUCAUCCCAAUCUAUUCCUACAGUUCCAAAUCGCACUACGAGAAUGGCAGGACUGUAUUCUCCCUAACCCGCUACACUCCUAGGGAGGCUAUGCCUGUUGACAGUGGAAAUGCUCCCAAGGACAGUUUUGUUCGUACUGGUGCACCAAGCGUAUAUCCAUCACUAGUGAAGGAUUCUGCAAGGAAAAUGUAAUGGAUUCAUCCUCUAGAAGCUAAUGGAAGUCUGGUGCUCUUGCUACUCUAGCAUGAGGGAGUACAUGAACAGUUCUAAUUUCAAAAAUGCCUGGUGUCUUUGAAAUAAUGGUUCUCAUGUCCAUUGCUUGCUAAUUGAGAACAGGUGGUGUGCAGUCUGUAGUAAAAAUGACUGUUCAGUUAAUUCUUUGGUUUUCUAAUCUUUUACCUUUGCUACUUGUUGUUCAAAAUAAAAGCUUGGGUCUACA